AUGUGUAACGAAAUAGAGUUUGUACGUGAAAAGCACAUAAAGUAUUUGAAUGCAUAUACUACUGUAUCUGAUGCAGAAGAACUCAUAUUUAACGAAACCUUAAAGAUGUGUGGGGUUUUUUAUUUUAUUUGUUCAUGUAAAAUAUUAUCAUAUAAGAUAGAUAAAAAAGAAGAAUUCAUUGAUUUUAUUUUAAAAUGUCAAAAUUCAGAUGGUGGUUUCGGUAAUAACAUAAAACAUGAUUCUCAUAUUGUUUCAACACAUUAUGCUAUAUUAUCUCUUCUUUUAUUAAAUUAUUCAUUUGAUAACUUUAAUAUUCACUUAGAAAAUGAAAAAAAUGAAUUGAGAAAUGAUAGCUACAAUUCUAAUGAUUGUGAUGGUUAUUUAAAUAAUAAAAAAACUAUAAGAGAAAAUACUUGUCACUAUAUUUUGACUUUAAGCAAUGAUGAUGGCUCAUUUAAAGGGGAUAUGUGGGGAGAGGUUGAUACUCGUUUUGUUUAUAGUGCAGUUAGCUGUUUGACAAUCCUAAAUAAAUUAAAUUUAGUUUCAACUGAAAAAAUAUCAUCAUACUUACUAAGUAAUUAUGAUUUAAAUGAAAAUGGUUUUUCAUGGGUAAGUGGUAAUGAACCUCAUGCAGCUAGUGUAUUUUGCUGUGUGGCUACCUUGUUUUUAAUACAAAAAUUGUAUUUGAUAAAUGAAAAAAAAGUAGCUGAUUGGUUAAGCUUAAGGCAAACAAGUAAUGGUGGUUUUAAUGGUAGAGCUGAAAAAUUAACUGACACUUGUUACUCAUGGUGGAUUUUUUCUUCUUUAAUUGUUUUAAAAAGAUAUAAAUGGAUUAAUAAAAAUGCAUUAAAAAAUUAUAUUCUGCUAUGCCAAGAUUUAGAUAAUGGUGGUAUAAGCGACAAUCCUGAUUGUCUACCUGACAUAUGUCAUACUUUUUUUGGUUUAGCAGCUCUAAGCUUAAUAGAUAAUCUAAAUCAAUUAGAAAAAAAAUUAUCUUUAAAAGAAAUGCAUCCAGUUUAUGCAAUCCCUCUUAACAUUGUAAAAAAAAGAAAUUUACUUUAUCACGAUAUAGAUAUACUAUAA